AAAGUAGUUUUACUGUUCAAAAAAGUAUGGAAUCAUCGCAAAAGAAAAAUAAAUUUAGUAUCUCCUUGUUUGUGGUAGACUGUUCAAGACACCAUCAACGUUGGAACAGAAACUGCAGCUGCACUCAAGGAUCAGACUGAACAAAUGAGUCAGGCUGUUAAGUGUUAAUGAGCUGGACUAUCCAUUUCUCGAUCAAGAAAGCUUCUCAACUUGUGAAGGAACUUGGUAGGCAGGUUGCAACUGAUAGGUGUAUUAUGGCAUUACUCUUCCUAAUUAUUGCCAUUGGAGUCAUAGCUAUCAUUAUUGUAAAGCUCGUGAACCCAAACAACAAGGACAUCCGGGAUAUUCCAGGAUUAGCCCCACCAGCAAUGGGUUGGAAAUUGGUUUGGAGUGCUAGUUAAAAAUUUAGAAAAGGAUCAUCUAAUGAGAUUGCAAUGAUGAUUUUCCAUCUCAUGGAUGGAACAUCAGCUUAGUUCGUGAUGCUGCUGGUGACACCUGUUUUAUAGAGCUGGUCUAAACUCUAGUUGAGUAUGGAUUUCUUUCUAGUAAUUUUUCUGCAGAUUGGUCAAACUUUCCCGAAUGUUAGUCUCUCAAACUACUGCUUGGAUUCAUUAGCUCCAAUUGGAAGUGGUCUUGUGUGAUUAUUUCUUCCCUGACUGAAAAAUCAUUCCUAUUUGAGGGAAACUGAAAAAUGUGUAGAUUGUGUUGUUUAACACCAUGAUUUGCUACACUUAUAAAAUAUUUGAUCUGCACUUCAUAAUAUAUUUAUGGAAAUUUUUGUUAUUCACUGUUUA